UUGAGUUUGCUGGUCCCUCACGUGGCUGUAGAAAUACAAGACGGAGUUUUCCAGAGACCAUCCUGUUUUGGCCAUCGCAGCAGCCAGUGGCAGCACCGUGCUCUGUGUCUGCAGCACUGUCCUCCAGAGGCUCGGUAGAGGACGCCAUGCUUAUGUUUGACAAGACGACCAACAGGCAUAGAGGAUUUGGCUUCGUAACUUUUGAAAAUGAAGACGUGGUGGAAAAAGUCUGUGAAAUUCAUUUCCACGAAAUCAAUAAUAAAAUGGUAGAAUGUAAGAAAGCACAACCUAAAGAAGUGAUGUUUCCACCAGGGACGAGAGGAAGGGCACGUGGAUUACCGUAUACCAUGGACGCUUUUAUGCUAGGGAUGGGAAUGUUGGGUUACCCCAAUUUUGUUGCAACAUACGGCCGAGGAUACCCCGGAUUUGCCCCAAGUUACAGCUAUCAGUUCCCAGGUUUUCCGGCAGCGGCUUAUGGACCAGUAGCAGCGGCAGCCGUGGCGGCAGCAAGAGGAUCAGGUAGGGGGGCCCGUGGAAGAGCAAACCCUCAGAGUGCAGGGUCAGUCUUGAAUAGCUACAGUGCUCAACCGAAUUUUGGCGCACCCGCUUCCCCGGCAGGCUCCAACCCAGCCCGACCCGGAGGCUUCCCCGGGGCCAACAGCCCAGGGCCCGUCGCGGAUCUCUACGGCACGGCCAGCCAGGACUCCGGCGUGGGUAACUACAUAAGCGCCGCCAGCCCGCAGCCGGGCUCCGGCUUCGGCCACGGGAUCGCCGGCCCUUUGAUUGCAACGGCUUUUACAAAUGGAUACCAUUGAAACGUUACACAUGGUUGGUUGCCAUCUCACUUGGAGAGUCUCUCUGGAUGUCCGGGCAAGACGGGGCGAAGUUUCUGACGGGGCCCACAUUUGGGUGAUCUCAUCAGACUUUGAGCACAUCAUCAUCACCGGUAACGCAAACUGGAGGUGGCACUCGACGGACUUAGGUUGUCUAAAACAAAAAAAAAAAUCUCUCUCAUCAUCUCAUGAAUCUGCUGUACUAUAAAAACAACAGCUUUUAAAAGUAUGUAUAUAAAAUCCAUUUCUUGUUCGUUUUAUUUUCUUGAUGGGUCCCCCCCCCCCCGCCCCUUUUUAAACCUCUCCAAACCACAUUUUUUUCGUAGCGUUUUGACAUAGUCUCGUAGUCACGUAGUUCUAAUUCUUUGUGUAUCUAGCAAGAGCCUAACCAUAGUGUAACUGUUUAUAUUAAGGGGUUUCUUUUGUUUUUCUUUCCCACCUCCCCUUCCUCUCCCUUCUGUUUUAUGUAGUUGUUGUUGCUUAAAGGAUGCUGAGAUGGUGACAGGAGUCUCAGCCGCUGGUACCGGCUGCGCAGCCGGCGGCGGGCACGGUUACGGGGUGGCCUUGCAGGGCACGGGGGGGGCACGGGUGAGCAGCAGGUUCUCUAGCCCUUCUUUUCAUUUGUGGUGUCUUCUUUAACCUAUAAUUCUCUCUAUUUUGGGCAAUAAGGCAAGGACUACAAACUUUUUGUGCGUCCUUUUUUUCUAUAAGUGCUUUUUUUUGUUGAAAGAGGUGAUAUAAGGUUUUUUGAAAUCGUGAAUUCUGAAAAAAAAAAAAAGAGAAAAAAAAAAUACUGUAAAUACAAUUCCAUUAA